CGCUAUGACGCAGUUGUUUAUAACUGGGAAGUAGCAGUGGCAAGUCUGGCGACAAUUCAUCUGGACCCUGAAAGGCAAUCCCCCAACAAUGUUAUUUCGGGUAACUUUGUUUUUACUUGGGAUAGUUUGCGCCGAAGCGGUCGGCGGUCUCCUUGGGGGAUUAGUUGACGUGGACGUGGACCGUGAGGGCGUGGCGAAAACUGCUCUAGAAUACGCCAUAACGCACCAUAAUAGGAUCUCGAACGAUCUGAUGAUCAGCAAUAUGACCGAGUUGGUCAGUGCUCAAAAACAGGUCGUUUCUGGCAUUAAGUACCAUUUUACUGUUAAAAUGGUGAAGACAUCCUGCAGGAAAGGCAGUUCAAUUGCACAGUGUGAAGUUCCAGCCGGGGCGCAAACCUACGAGUGCAACUUCAAAGUGUGGGUCCAGCCGUGGCUGAAUCGAGAGCCGGUGGUGACACAGGAGUGCACCCACUAGGGCAAAACGUCAACGUAGCACGUUACGGUAUUUUGAAACACAUCUUUAGUGUUCUCUGUCAUUUAAUCAGGUCUAUGUACUACUUACCUACGUCAGCUGUAUACAGAGCAAGCAAUAUGGAUUGAUUUUAGUUUAGUAUUUCAGAUUUGAUGUGUUACAAUCAUAUGUUGGCUUGUAAUCAAUCCUUUUAAAUGGAGAAAAAAAAAAAUCAAAUAUUUUAGUAAAACAAACUAUGUAUAUGUAGAUAUGCACUUUUUAGUGUCAUGUAUUCUGACAUGUCAAUAAAGAACUUUUAACAAAUGUA